AUGCGUCAAGGAAGACUUCCUCACAACACCGAAAUCGACUCCUUCCUUGAACGUCUAAUCAACAGCCCUUCAAUUCAUUCCCGCCAACAUCUUAUGUCUCCCGAUGGAAAGAGACUUUUACGAGACUUCCAAGAGCUAGUAACCACCAUCCGAAAGGCGGUGGCUGUCAAGAACAAGAAUGAACUUUUCCAGUCAUUCGUUUAUCACCUUCAUGCUAUGGAUAACCCAGUUACUAAAGGUAAAUACAUCAUACAAAACACAAAUCAAGUGUCACUUUUACUAACCACAAGUGUGUUAUCAGGUGCAAACGCUACCAUCCGAAUUGCUAAGCUUGUCUUGCUCAACGGAGAGUUCAGAGAUGUUCUCAACGAACUUAUUGCUAUCGUCCAAGAGGUGUUUGGUGAUGCUGCCAACAAGGCAAGCGAGUCUCUUCAACAGGCCGGUAACAACCUCAACUCCCAGGCUCAGCAUCUAGGAGACCGUGCCCAAGAGAUGGCUGAUCCUGAUCGUCAGAACCGUUACAAGAACAACCUUAAGCAGCAAACUAGCCAGAAGGGAAGACAGUACCAGCAGCAAGCACUUGAGCAAGCUCGUCUUCAUCACGAAAGAUCCAAGCAGUACGCGCGUGAUAAGUUCCCCCCUGAGAAGGUUGAUGAUAUCAUUCGCCGCCUCAAGGUCGUUUUGGCUGAAGUCCAGAGAAACCCUGACUACCAGUAUGCUAUCAACACCAUCCUUCGUCUCUUCUCUACCUGGAGCCACCGUGCUAUGGAUAUGUCUCAAGAGACUGCCAAGACAACUGCCGGAACUGGUCAGACUUUCCGUUCCGAUAAGAACUGGUCUCAGGCUGAGCAGGAAAUCAAGACCAUUAUCGAAGCAUGGGCUCAAGGAAAGUCUCUUGACCAUCUGGUCCAUUCCGUCAGAGAUAUAAUCAGUGACAUCAAGAAUGAUCCUGCAUUGAGAAAAUACUAUGAUGAGGUUAUUUUCUACAUCCACCGCCUUCUCAAGGAACCCGCCUAUGUCGUCGAAGACCGAUCCACUGAAGAUGGCAGAGCGCUCAUCGAGACUGGUCGUAACUUCACUCAGCACCGCUACAGAAACCACACCAAUGCCCUUAUGGAUGAGAUCCGCUCGUACACCAGAGCCAUGGCUAAGGAUCCUAUUUCCAUGGAGCUCCACUUGCGUACCAAGGCUAUCCACCAGGACCUCUGGUUCGAUGAGCAAGGAAACCCUGCUUUCAAGCCUCAGUUGAUUAAUGACAUGCGCCUUACUCUUCUCCCAGCUCUCUUUGAGCAGAUCAAGUAUGUUCCUAUUCCUCGCAUCGAGUACAGCGACAAGCAAUUCGAUGUUGUAGUUGAGAAUGUCAUCUUGGCUGGUGAUACUUUGCUUCCCAACUUCUUUGACGUAAAGCUUGAAAGCUACAGUAAGUUUAGCCCAAGUGAAGAUACCAAAGAUACUGGUCGCCAGUCUGUAUUUAUCAAGAUGAGCGAGAUUCAAGCUGUAAUUGAAGAUGUUGUAUUUUCUUACAACAAGAAGUCUGGCUUCCCCAAGCUUUCUGAUCGUGGUAUUGCCGCUCUUGAGAUCGGCGGCAAGGGUAUCGAUGUCUCUCUCAAGCUUACUAGCACAAAUGACCCCAAGCAUAUGUACAAGGUUAACAGCUGCAGAUGUCGCAUUGACAAUCUCAAGGUUACCGUCAAGGACAGCAAUCAUGACUUGAUGUACAAGGCUAUGCAUCCCAUGGUUAUUGGAAUUGUCCGAAAGCAGAUUGCUCGUGCUAUUGAAAACAAGAUUAUCGAGCUUCUUGAACUCGGAGAC